CAGAACCCUAAUCUCAUCCACUCACUCCGACUCCUCCGAUCUCCGCGCCGCCCUCCGCCUCCUCCACCGCAUCGUCAUUCUCUGAUUCACGAUCCUAAUGAUGAAGUUUAUAGUGAGAUUAAGGAAGGCGCCAAGGCCAUUGCGAAGAUGAGGGGGUCUCGGUCUGCCUCUGAUCAUGAUUGUGUGAUGGAAGAGGCGGCUCUGUGUGUUGUCAUCACCAAUGCUGUUGAAGUGCAGGAUGGGAACGGAGUCGCGGUUGGAAUUGCGGUUUAUGAUCCCGCCUUUUCGUGGAUUAAUCAUAGCUGUUCUCCUAAUGCCUGUUAUCGGUUUUCUGAAUUUGAUGAUGAUUCCAGAAUGCUUAUUGCUCCUGCUGCUUCCUUCGGUGGAGAAUGCUCUGGUGGUAAUGUAUUUGCAACGAGUGGCGGAUGGGAAAGAUAUGGUCCGAAAAUAGGUGUUAGGAAUAUCAAGGCAAUUAGCAAGGGUGAGGAGAUAACCAUUGCUUACACUGAUUUGUUACAAACCAAGGAAACCAGGCAGUCAGAUCUUUGGUCCAAGUACCGGUUUAUUUGCCAUUGCAGGCGGUGUAACACAUUGCCCCCUGCGUUUGUGGAUCAUGCUCUACAAGAUAUACAAGUUGCCGGUAUCACUUCAACCAAUUUGACUUUAGCUUGGAAAGUGUACAGAGACAGGGUAGUUGGAAAGUUAACUGAAUAUAUGGAUAGCGCUAUAAAUGAGUAUGUAAAGUUCGAUGGAGCUGAGUCUUGCUGUGAAAAACUUGAACAUGUGCUUGCUUAUGGCUAUAAUGAUGGCCAGUCACUGGAUGAAGGAGAACUGCAAGAAAAGAUUAGGCUGCAGCCUCUGCACCAUCUUUCUUUAAAUGCCUACACUGUGUUGGCCUCUGCCUGUAAAGCUCUUGGAAGUAGAUUGUUGGAUUUAAGUUCUAAUUCAUUAGACGAUCAGCUAAAUGCUUUUGAUAAGAGCAGAAUCAGUGCAGCAUAUUCCUUGCUACUAGCUGGUGCAACACAUUAUCUGUAUCUCUCUGAAUCUUCUCUCAUUAUAUCUGUUGCAAAUUAUUGGACAGCUGCAGGGCGGAGCUUAUUAAGUCUUGCUACUAGUACAGUACAUAAUAUAUCUAUGGAGCGGUGUUACCCUAUUCCUAAUAUCUCACCUCUAAAGCUUAGAUGUAAUAACUGUGCCUUGAAGGAUAAAUUUGAAGCCAGUUCUGUUAGAAGGCAUGUUCAGAAUUUAGACUUUGAGCAGAUAUCGAGAGAUUUUUUUAACUGCAUCACAGAUAUCGUGCCACAUGUCUGGAUGUAUCUAAUACAGGGUUCCCAUUAUUUAAAGAAUAUAAAAAGUCCCAUUGAUUUCGCAUGGCUUGGGAACACAAAAGAUUCCAAAGCUUCAGAUAUUGGAGUUAAUAUGGGCAGCGAUCAGGUCAUGAGAAGUUUAUCAAGAUGUGAACAGGAGAAGUGGUAUGACAACCGGAACCUAAAUUUCUUUCAACUUGGUGCCCAUUGCUUACUCUAUGGUGAUUUAGUAUUGAAGAUCUGCUGUGGCUAAGAUCACCAAAUGGCCAAUUUGUUGUAAAUUUACGAGUGAGCAAGUUUUUGAUAAAAAAAACCUGUUCAUGGCAAGAUGAGUGAACGACUAUACAUACCGUUGACUGUUGCAUUUGUAAAUAUGUAUGGCACUCAGAAGCAGAAUGCCCAGUACUCUUCUGAACACAUCCAAGGAAUAUAACGGGAAAAAGAUUCUGCUGUGUGCUCAAGGCUGGUAUGAUUCACCAUGUGGGAUUGCAUUCUCAAGGAAGUCAAGGAGCAGACUCAAAGUAAGUAUAUUAAGGUACACAUUACUCAGGAUUGUACAUGAAAAAAUGUCUUGUACCAUCAUUACUGUUUUUGUAUAAUUAGGGUAAUUCAGUAGUUCUAUGAUUGCUCUGGUGUAUAAUCAGAAGCAUCAUAUUAACUCCAAGUUGACUGUAUUUAAAAUCAGAAUUUUAGUAGUGUUUAGUCAGCGCACUUGACCACAUUAUAAUUUGAAAUUUACUCAGUUUGGUA